CACAUCAGUUGCGGUGAAGUGAUUUGACGGAGGGAGUCUCGUAUGGUCGGUCUAUUGGUAAAUUGCUUCGGCUUUCUUAAGACGCAUCUAAUGUUUCUCUUGUCUUCAGAAAUAUAGUAGGCACAGAUCCCGCUUUUUAAUAUUUGCAUGCCCCCAGAGGAGAAUACGGUAGCCGGUUUACGGCUGUUUUUCAGUUUUCUUUUAUUAUCUCUCAUGAUACACUAAUUAAUCGGAGGCAUGUGGAAAUUUUCAAGGAUUACGAAUUGGUUUUCAUUAGUCUGUCUGCUGUUGACGUUACGGGCGAAGGUGUCCCAGUCUUCGGGCUAUUUUGAGCUGCAGCUGAUUACCGUUCAGAAUGCAUUCGGUGAGUUGUCAGACGGACAGUGCUGCGACGGCGGCAGGAACUCCGAGGAUCGCGUCUGCAGCCGGGACGAGUGCGACACUUACUUCAAAGUCUGCCUGAAGGAGUACCAGUCCGAAGUCACGACCAAUGGCCUGUGCACCUACGGACAUGGAUCUACUGACGUUCUUGGUGGGAAUAUUAUCUCCUUUAGAAGCGCCGAAAACAACCCGAAUAAAAUCACCGAUGCUGGCCGAAUUCUUAUCCCAUUCCAGUUCGCUUGGCCGCGGACGUACACUGUCAUCGUGGAGGCCUGGGACUGGGACAACGGCACACACUCUGACGGGGACCUCCUGAUUGAGCAGAGCAUCCACACGGGCAUGGUGAACCCCGGAGACGAGUGGCAGUACAUCAGGCACGCAGGCGCCACAGCAACCCUGGAGUAUCGCUUGCGCGUCCGCUGCGACCUCCACUACUAUGGAAACAAGUGCAACAAGCAGUGCCGGCCGAGGGACGACUACUUCGGGCACUACGUGUGCGACCAGUUUGGCAACCCAGGCUGCCUGGAGGGCUGGAUGGGCCCAGAGUGCCAGAUAGCCAUCUGCAAGCAAGGCUGCAAUCACGGCACCUGCAAAGUCCCCGGAGAGUGCAGGUGUAAGUACGGCUGGCAGGGCCCAUUCUGUGACGAGUGUCUCCCGCACCCGGGUUGUGUCCACGGGACCUGUGUCAAGCCUUGGCAGUGCAGCUGUGAGAAGAACUGGGGAGGACUUCUGUGCGACAAAGAUCUGAACUACUGUGGCACCCACCAGCCCUGUGUUAAUGGCGGGACGUGCCUGAACACAGAGCCUGAUGAGUACAGAUGUGCCUGUCCUGAUGGCUACUCAGGCAAGAACUGCCACAUCGCUGAACACGCCUGUGUGUCCAACCCCUGUGCCAAUGGGGCCACUUGUCACGAAGUGUCGACCGGCUUCGAAUGUCAGUGCCCCCCCGGCUGGUCUGGGCUCACCUGUGCCAAAGACAUGGACGAGUGCUCCUCCAGUCCCUGCUCCAACGGCGGGACGUGCAUCGAUCGGGACAACGGCUUUGAGUGCCUCUGCCCCCCGCAGUGGGCGGGGCUCACCUGUCAGAUCGAUGCUAAUGAGUGUUUGCGGAGGCCUUGCCGUCACGCCCACGCGUGUAAAAACCUGAUUGGCAGUUAUCAUUGCGACUGCCUGCGUGGAUGGGCCGGACACAACUGUGACAUCAAGAUGAACGCCUGUCGUGGACAGUGUCUGAACGGAGCUACAUGUAAGAAAGAGGCAGGUGCCUACCGCUGUCUGUGCCCGCCCGGCUUCAUGGGCCAGCGCUGUGAGGUCCAGCAGGGCGCGUGCGUCAGCAGCCCAUGUCAGCACGGGGGCCAGUGUCGCCCCCUGCAGGACAGCUUCAUGUGCUCGUGCCCACUGGGGUACUCGGGCAUCUUCUGUGAGGUGAAGCACAACAAAGACCCCUGCAAGCCCAGUCCCUGUCAGAAUAAGGCCCCCUGCCAUGCCCUCGAUGGAGACUACUACUGCGCCUGUCCCAGCGAAUACGAGGGGAAGAACUGCACCCACCUGAAGGACCCCUGCAAGACCACUGCCUGUGAAGUGAUUGACAGCUGCACCAUCGCCGUGGCGACAAACUCCACAGAGGAGGGCACACUUCGCAUUCUGUCCAAUGUGUGUGGGCCCAAUGGGCGCUGCGUGGGGCAGCCUGGCGGCGGAUUUUCCUGCGCCUGCGAGCCUGGCUUCAGUGGCAUCUACUGCCAUGAGAACAUCAAUGACUGCGCGUCCAGCCCUUGCCAGAACGGCAGCACCUGCGUCGAUGGCGUCGGCUCCUUCCAGUGCUUUUGUACCGACGGCUGGAAGGGUGAACUUUGCACCCUUGACGUGAACGAGUGCAGCUGCAAUCCCUGCAAGAACGGCGGUCACUGUGUCGACCUGGUGAACGGCUUCUACUGCAAGUGUGCUGGCGGUUGGAAAGGCAAGACCUGCCACUCGCGUGAAAGCCAGUGUGAUGCUACCACCUGCAGCAACGGUGGCACCUGCUACGACCAUGGAGAUGCUUUCCGCUGCGCCUGCCCUCCUGGCUGGGGGGGGCUCACCUGCAACACAGCCAAAAACAACACCUGUGCCUCGAACCCCUGCAAGAACGGCGCCACGUGUGUGGGAAGCGGCGAGGCCUUCACCUGUAUCUGCAAGGAUGGCUGGGAGGGCACCACCUGUGCACUGAACACGAAUGACUGUAACCCUCACCCCUGUUACAACGGUGGCAUCUGUGUGGAUGGAGUGAACUGGUUUCGCUGCGAAUGUGCCCCCGGAUUCGCCGGCCCAGACUGUCGCAUCAACAUUGACGAAUGCCAGUCCUCGCCUUGCAGUCACGGCGCCACCUGUGUGGAUGAGAUUAACGGCUUCCGCUGUGUGUGUCCCCCUGGCCAGAUGGGGCCUCGUUGUCAGGAGUUCGCAGGUUUCGGGAAUGCGUGCCACUAUGCGGGACUGCAGAUCCCCCAUGGCAGCCAAUGGGACCAAGACUGCAAUACCUGCCAGUGCACCAACGGCAACUUGGAGUGUACCAAGGUGCUCUGUGGGCGCCGGUUGUGUCUCCUCCAUGAAAAUCUUGGUGAGGAGCGGUCCCCCUGCCCCGGGGGCCGGCCCUGUCAGGAGCAUCACUUCCUCACCUGCUUCUCCCCGCCCUGCCACCGCUGGGGCGUGUGUGCCCAGCCCGACGCCCUCCCAUUGCACAGCAGGUGUGAGCCCAACAGCGGCUACCUGGACAACAGCUGUGCCAGGAUCACGCUCAUCUUCAACAAGAACAAGGUGCCUCAGGUGAGCUCUCUGGAGAACGUCUGCUCAGAGCUGAGGAACCUGUCGGCCAGCCGCGCUCUGGCCAAAGACCAUAGGCUGGUGCUGCUGUGUGACCUCUCGCCCGGCAAUCCCAAUGCAGUGGAGGUGGCCGUUUCCUUCCAGCAGGAUGAUGUGGACCAUCGUUUGAUCCAGGAGGCGGCCAGUGCCAUCGCGGCUCACUGUCCAAGCGGCACAACAGCAGCCUCCAUGCUGGCCGUCAUCGAAGUCAAAGUUGAAACGCAGGUCUUGCCCAAAUUAGCAGACUACCUGGUGCCAGUCGUGUGCGCAUUCUUCUGCGUGCUGUCAUUCUCCUGCCUGGUGGUCUGCGUCUGGUGGACACGCAAGCGGAGGAAAGAGCGUGAGAGGCGACAGCCAGCGGCGCUGGACGAGAACAUCAACAACCAGUGGGAGGCACUGCGGCCCAUAGUCCGGCAGCAGCCCAAGGACAACAAGGAGGCGGAGCAAGAGUGCAGGAAGCUCAUGCCCUCCCCUGACAGGACUUGCGACGAAGAGGAGGAGGAGGAGGAAGAGGGCAAUGGACCAGUCACCGUGGAGGUGGACAAGUAUCCCGGGCAGACGUGCACCCCAGGACUGCACCCCCUGGUGUGCACCACACGCAGCUCUGCCCAUAAGCAAGCCUACGUGGCACUCAGCCCAAAGACAAACCGCUGGAAGAAUGUGAACCGCACCAGCAUCAGCGAGAAUUUCAAAGAGCAGAGCGUAUGAAGCGCCCUGUGAGUGACCGGAAGCCGCCGGGCCGCCAGGCCAGGGAGAACCAUCACGCCAUCCGCCGGGCCCCAGACUCACGUCUGUCUUUCUCUUUUUGUAAACGAUUUAUGGCUCAGAGACGGAGCCGAGAUUUUUUUUUUUUGUAGUAUUCGCUUUGUUUUUAUGUAAGGAUGAGACUAUUUUUUUCUUAAUUUGAGGUUAAAGGAAACAUAAGUUUGCCCAAGUACAGUUAUGACUGAAGCAGGGCCGAGAUUAAGGAUUACACGAGUAAAAGAAGAGAACGAUGGACAUUUUUUUUUCUGUUUUAGGGGAAGUGCGGAUUAUGGCUAAGUGGCAAAUGAGAUUUGUACAAUUCUCCAGAACGGCGGCAGGGGCUUGGGGGAGCGCGGUCUGGGGGAGAGACUAACACUAACAUGCUUCUUCAAGGACUGUAACAGACUUCUGGAAAGGUGGGGGGCAGCUUCCCCCUGAAGUGGCCUUCUUUUGUUUGUUUUCGUCUCCAACUGGCCCAGGAUUUCAGUGUUUGUGUUGCUAAGUGCCUCCUGAGGAACCUGAUUUUUGUCCCUGUAAUCAAGGAAAAAGGGAUAGGCAACCUUUUUUGUUUGUUUAUUUUCAGACCACCGAAGAGGUAUUUGACAAAAGAUAUACCUUCACUUUGUAUAUAUGUAUAUAAUAAAGGAAUCGCUGUGUAAUUUGAAUUUAGUAACUUAAGUCACUUUUUUAUUAUUUUUAUUAUUAUUUUUACAAUGCCAUUCCUUUUAUUUGUCAGCUGACAAAUUUUUUAUAUAGUUGAACAAAAUAUGCAGCAUCCAGCUUAUCUUGAGAGCAUUAAUAUAAUCGUUGAUCUUUUCUUAGUUUAUUUUUAUUUUUAUAAAGGACAUUUAGACACUUGCAUCCUGACCUGUAUUUAUUCUCAGUCUCCUUCCCUAUCCCAGCAUGCUCUUUCAGUUUUGUUAAAUGUGGGUGGAGCAUCAUGUCCCGCCUCCACUACAUUUUUUUUUGUCCAAUGAUGUGAUUUGAUGUGAGCAUCUGCUUAUUCUACUCGAAAUUUUGGCCAAAUGAAGGGAACAGUUUUUGUCAGUUAAUUUUGUUCCACGUUUUGUACCUUAGUCCAUAGGAGGAGUUAACUGGUCCCGUUACGAAGUGGCAGUUAGUUUCUUACUGUGUUUGACAUGGCUCCCCUGGACAGAAUUCUGUUAUGUUUUGGGACAGCACAAAAAUAAAGGAAUUAAAAGCAUUACUUGACAGAGCUGUUGUAGAAGUUGGAGAGUAAAGAGAUUUAAGGGGGGUGGGGGAUAUGAAUGGGAAGAACAUGUACAUAUUUUGUAAAGUUGUUUUGCAAAGUCAUAAGGUUCGUUUAGUGUAAAUUUUAUUUGUUCUUAGAAAUAAAUCAAACUAUUUAUUAAAAAGUU